AUGAAUCCAGUGCAGGGUACCUUGAUGCCCUUUCUUUACCCUUGCCUUUUCCGGCACUCCUCUACAAACUGCCUGCGUGCUCAAGCCCGCCGGAUUCGACUUCAGAACCGUCCGCGGCUCCGAUAUCUACAUCAAACAAUUCGACUCAAUAGACCGUCCAAUGUAGAGACAAAUGCGUCUCUUCACGGCCCUGCCUUCGAUGCCUCCAUCCCUCCAACUCCUGCUCCUUUGACGCACCUGAAUCCUUCACCUGACGAUUACUCACGCUCGAUCUUCAUCGACAAAUGCCAAAUAACCGUCCACGCGGGCUCCGGCGGGAGCGGGUGCGUGUCGUUCCUGCGCGACGCUCACAUAGCCGAUGGACCACCCAACGGUGGCGACGGCGGGUCGGGAGGGAGUGUCUUCAUCCAAGCCGUACCGGGACAAACGUCUCUCCAUAAACUUGCCAGACGAGGUAUCAUAAAAGCCGGCCGCGGCAUAGGAGGCCAAGGAAAAUCACAGGGCGGUCGCAGGGGGGAGGACAUCUGUGUCCAAGUUCCCGUGGGAACAGUGGUGCGAGAAAUUUGGCGGAGCGACCCCAGCGCGGAAGAAGAAAUUCGCAUCAAAGAACUCCGGGCCAUGAGCGAUGAGGAAGAUAUCCUUAAGGAUCCCGACAACGGUCUGAGGAACAGAUUCGUCAUCUAUGCCGGUGCCACAACUGCCGACGACCGCCAACAAAUCUCUUCGAAUUUGCCCUCGCUCAAUUCUCACUUGGUGAAACCCAGAAAAUCACAUCUUGCCAUUCUGCAGCCUCGUGCGCCCAUUCACCUGGACUUGGAUAAGCCCAUGGACAAACCGAUACUGCUGGCCGCUGGGGCUGUGGGCGGGUUGGGGAAUCCGCACUUUGCGACGAAAUCCGACCCGAAGCCAAAGUUCGCGACAAAGGGUGAAUUAGGCGUGCGGAUCAAGCUCGAGUUGGAACUGAAGUUGUUAGCAGAUGUGGGACUCGUGGGCUUGCCUAACGCAGGCAAAAGUACAUUCACGCGCGCGAUAUCGAAUUCAAGGACAAGGAUAGGCGACUGGGCCUUCACCACUCUCGCACCCACGAUUGGAACGGUUAUCCUAGAUAACAAUGAAGGCCGUCCGUUAGUGCGAUCGGGCGUCCCAUCCACGGACUCUGGCAAUUCCACUUCAUCUGGAAGCAUUGUGCCGCGUCAGUCUUUCACUGUAGCAGACAUUCCUGGGCUCAUCGAAGAUGCGCAUUUGGAUAAGGGCCUUGGGCUCUCUUUUCUCCGACACAUUGAACGAGCCAGGAUCUUGGCCUUCGUGGUGGAUUUAUCUGCCGGAGAUGCCGUCACACAGUUGAAGGCCCUGUGGAAAGAGGUCGGAGAGUAUGAGAAUCUCAGGGAUCGAGAAGUGAGUGAGCAGACGGAGGCGAGGAUGAUCAAUUGGUCGCCCUUCGACGCCCAAGCUGCACCAGCACCAGCCACCGGGGACUUAUUGUUCAACGAGGAAGGGGAGGAAAUCUCGAUAUUUCCGUCAGGAUCCUCUCGCUCGUCCUCAACACUCGAGCCAUUGGCCUACCCCCCGAUCAGCGCGAAACCCUGGUUCGUCAUCGCCACCAAGGCAGACGUCUCUCAGCCAAGGACUGAUGCGAUGACACCAGUGGAAGCCAAAGCCACAUCGACUCAAGCAAACUUUCUCUCUUUAGCAGCUUAUAUAAAACAAGUGGAACAUGGAGAGACGGAACAUCCCAGUGGGAAACAAAAUGGAUGGCGAAAUCGCGUGGCGGCGAUACCCGUUAGCGCGAUUAGGGGAGAAGGGAUCGACAAGGUAAUAAGAUAUACAGCGGGCGUUCUGGACAGCCUUGUCGUUGGUCGCUGA